GGUUGGAUGCGCAGCCCGCCUGGCGUUCUUCCGGGACCGCACGUUCGGUGUGGGUUCAGAGCCGAGGAGGGCUGACGGGGUCGAGCCCUUGGCAGCGAUGGCCCUGAAGCCGCUGCGCGUCUUGGCUUGUGGAGAUGUUGAAGGGAAAUUUGAUACUUUAUUCAAUAGAGUUCGAGCAAUUCAGAAGAAAAGUGGAAACUUUGAUCUGCUGUUGUGUGUAGGAAAUUUCUUUGGCUCCACCCAAAAUGCUGAGUGGGAGGAAUAUAAGACUGGCGUCAAGAAAGCUCCUAUUCAGACAUACGUGCUUGGUGCCAAUAACCAGGAAACAGUAAAAUAUUUCCAAGAUGCUGAUGGGUGUGAAUUAGCUGAAAACAUUACUUACCUGGGUCGUAAAGGCAUCUUCACUGGAAGCUCGGGGCUGCAGAUAGUGUACCUCAGUGGUACAGAGUCCCUAAAUGAACCAGUCCCAGGUUACAGUUUUAGCCCCAAGGAUGUGUCUUCUCUAAGAACAAUGCUGUGUUCAGCAUCCCAGUUUAAGGGUGUUGAUAUCUUCCUCACAUCCCCAUGGCCCAAGUAUGUGGGAAACUUUGGGAAUUCUUCUGGAGAAGUAGAUACCAAAAGAUGUGGCUCUGCUUUGGUCUCCAGUCUUGCCACAAACUUGAAACCAAGGUAUCAUUUUGCUGCUUUGGAAAACUCCUAUUACGAAAGGCUUCCGUAUCGAAACCAUGUUGUUCUACAAGAAAAUGCACAGCAUGCCACCCGCUUCAUAGCACUGGCAAAUGUUGGAAAUCCAGAAAAGAAAAAGUAUCUUUAUGCAUUUAGUAUUGUCCCCAUGAAACUAAUGGAUACAGCAGAACUGGUAAAACAGCCUCCAGAUGUUACUGAAAAUCCUUACAGAAAAUCUGGCAAGGAGGCCGCUACAGAAAAACAAAUUCCUGCCCCUGAGAAAGAAUCAACCUGUCAAUUCUUCUUUGAUUUAAAUGAAAAGCAGGGAAGGAAGCGUUCAUCUACGGGCAGAGAUAGCAAGCCUCCUCACACCAAGCAGCCACGCAAACCUCCUCAGCCUCCAGGACCGUGUUGGUUUUGCCUUGCCAGCCCUGAAGUGGAAAAGCAUUUGGUGGUCAACAUUGGCACACAUUGCUAUCUUGCCUUGGCCAAAGGAGGCUUAUCUGGGGACCAUGUCCUUAUCCUGCCCAUUGGACACUACCAAUCAGUUGUGGAGCUUUCAGCAGAGGUGGUGGAAGAGGUCGAGAAGUAUAAGGCCACCCUGAAACGCUUCUUUAAGAGUCGAGGGAAACGCUGUGUUCUAUUUGAAAGAAAUUAUAGGAGCCAUCACCUCCAGCUUCAGGUCAUUCCUGUUCCACUCAGCUGCUGUGCUACAGAUGACAUUAAAGAUGCCUUCAUUUCCCAGGCACAGGAGCAGCAGAUAGAGCUGUUGGAAAUUCCAGAGCACUCAGACAUCAAGCAGAUUGUGCAGCCAGGGACAGCGUAUUUUUAUGUUGAACUUGACACAGGAGAAAAGCUCUUCCACAGAAUUAAAAAGAAUUUCCCUUUGCAAUUUGGAAGGGAAGUACUAGCCAGUGAAGCCAUUCUCAAUAUUCCUGAAAAGGCUGACUGGAGGCAGUGUCAGAUCAGUAAGGAAGAGGAGGAGACCCUAGCUCGCCACUUCCGCAAAGACUUUGAACCCUUUGACUUCACUCUGGAUGACUAAGCAAAGAGAAGUAAGGACACUAAGAACUUCACAGGCAAUCCUUCCAGCCUGGUUUUUAAAGUGAAACUACAUUUCCCAUGGGGAGCUUCCCUGCCUCCUUUCCUGUAUUCCCAUGGAACCUGCUGGUAGCAAGAGGCCUAGGACUGAAUAUUUUUUGAGAAGUCAUUUCGAAGAUGAAAAUUACAUGUUAAAAGAAAAGAUACCACUGGGAGUGGUGGUGCAUGCCUUUAAUCCCAGCACUCA